CUUGCGUUCCUCCAAUCAGGCGUCUGGCCUGGGGGUGGGCUUCGGAGCCCUGUUAAAGCCUCACUCUUCCCAAGUGCAUUUCACAGACGCUGUGCCAGCUGCCACUGGGCUGCGAGGGACCUCACCCCUUCCCUGGCCGAGAGCUAACUGAAAAUGUCAGACGUCGAAGAAAUCAUCGAAGAAUAUGAAGAAGGAGUAUAUUGAAGAAGAAGAAGAAUGGCUAGAGGAGGAAGAUGACCACAAAGAGCACAUAGAAGAACUAGAAGAGGCUGAGGAAACCCCAGCAGAAGAACACAAAGAUGAAGCUAAAGAAAAAGAAGGUGGCGAGGGGGAGCACGAGCAGGAGUCUGGGGAAGGGGAGUCAAAGCCAAAGCCCAAUUCCACCCUUCCGAGUGUCGCCAGGCUCUUCAUGCCAAACUUGGUGCCUCCCAAGAUCCCAGAUGGGGAGAAAGUGGACUUUGAUGACAUUCACCGCAAGCGCAUGGAGAAGGAUCUGAACGAGUUGCAGGGCCUGAUCGAUGCCCAUUUCGAGAACAGAAAGAAAGAGGAAGAGGAGCUGAUCUCACUCAAGGACCGAAUAGAGCAUCGGCGAGCGGAGCGGGCGGAGCAGCAGCGGAUCCGCAGCGAGCGGGAGAAGGAGCGCCAGGCCCGCAUGGCUGAAGAGAGAGCCCGCAGAGAGGAAGAGGAGGCCAGGAAGAAGGCGGAAGAGGAUGCCAGGAAGAAGAAGGCUUUCUCCAACAUGCUGCAUUUUGGGGGCUACCUGCAGAAGACAGAGAAGAAAAGUGGGAAGAAACAAACGGAGCGGGAGAAGAAGAAGAAGAUCCUCAGCGAGCGGCGGAAGCCUCUGAAUAUCGACCACCUGAACGAAGACAAGUUGAGGGACAAGGCCAAGGAGCUGUGGCAGAGCAUCCACGACCUGGAGGCUGAGAAAUUCGAGCUGCAGGAAAAGUUCAAGCGGCAGAAAUACGAGAUUAAUGUUCUCCGAAACCGCAUUAGCGAUCACCAGAAGGUAACCUUUCAGCCCGCUCCAUGCGUUACAUCUCCAGGCCCAUCCCCUUUUGCAUCUGUCCCACGCCUGAAUCAAACCCCUCUGCGGCUACAUUUGGACACAUGGCUGGGGGCAGUUUGGCCGGAGGGUCGUUUUGUACUUGGGAGGGGAAUGGGAAUAAGCUGUCGGAGCAGCAGAACUUGCUCGAAGGCUGCCCGUGGGAAGACCGUGGUUGGCGGCCGAUGGAAGUAGCACCCGUCGGAUGGGCACGAGGUAGAGAGGAGAGGCCCAAGCACGGAGCGGUGCAUUCCUGUUUGGUCAGCCAGCUGGAUUCCGUUUUACCACAGAUCCUGCACGAACCCACCCGCCACCCCAAAGGACGCAAACCCAUUGUGCUUGCACAGCUCUCACUGCAGGGGCAGCACUGUGUGUGUGUGGAGCAAAUGCUUUGCUAGGUCAGUGCUGCUUGCUCUCUUCACCGAACCCCGGGAUGCUACUGUGUCUGUAAAUAAAGAGCAUCAGAAAGGGAGAUGUGCCUUUCCUGCCCAGCCAUAUUCCAUCUGGCCUGCUUGCUAAACUUGACCUACUGCCCUGUGCCCAGAAGAUUC